CACUUCUUCUAAACCGAUUCAGUUUGUUUUACGCUUCAUUGUAAAGUGGAUCGGCAUUAAGAAAAGUGAAAUAUUAUUGGCACCUGAAAUAGUUGGAAGUCUUCAUAUUUGUAUACAUAUAAAUAAAAACAUUGUUCACAAUGCAAGGAAAACCAAUGCAAAUUAUAAGCAUUUGCAGUGAAAAUGGUUCGGCUAGUUCUCGCUGCAUUCUGCAAUUAAAUGAAGAUGAAUUAAAUGAGAUGUUUAUGGACGAAAAAAUCAAAGAUCGCGUAGUGUCUGUGAUUUCAGUAGCCGGAGCUUUUCGCAAAGGGAAAAGCUUUCUUUUGGAUUUCUUUCUACGUUACAUGUACGCCAAAUACGUUCAUAAUAACUUGAGUGAAAAAGAUUGGCUCGGCGAUGAGAAUGCACCACUUAAAGGGUUUUCAUGGCGAGGCGGUUCGCAACGCGAUACCACUGGAAUUUUAAUAUGGUCUGAUAUCUUCCUAUAUGACCAUCCAAAUGGAGACAAAGUUGCAAUAAUUUUAAUGGACACGCAGGGCACUUUCGAUUGUGACAGUACCAUGAAGGACUGUGCCAAUGUUUUUGCAUUAAGCACAAUGAUAUCUUCAGUUCAAAUUUUCAAUAUUCAAUCUAAUAUACAAAAAGACGAUCUACAGCAUUUGCAGUUAUUCACCGAGUAUGCGCGUAUUGCUAUGGAGAAUACGGGGAAAAAACCGUUUCAAAAGUUACAAUUUUUAAUACGCGACUGGACCCAUAAAAGUGAAGCUCCAUUCGGUGCGCUCGGUGGUAAACAAUUACUUGAGCAAACAUUAAUUCGGAAAAACAAAAGACCGGAGGAGAAUGAACAACUAUGUGAGCAUGUGAGAACUAGUUUCAACGAAAUUGACUGUUAUUUAAUGCCACAUCCCGGUUACGCUAUCGAAGAACCCGAUUUUCGCGGUUGUUUAAAAGAUCUGCGUGACGAGUUUAAGAAACAUUUACGCGACUUCAUUCCCUUAAUUUUGGCACCGGAAAAUUUAAUUAUCAAAGAAAUAAACGGGGAGAAACUAAAAGUCGAUCAUCUUCUGACCUACAUUCGGUCAUAUUUUGAAUCAUUCAACAGUAAGGAGUUCCCAGAGCCUACAACAAUUUUUAAGGCUACUGCAGAGGCAAAUAAUCAAAUCCAUGCUACAAUCGCCGAAGAAUCAUAUGUGAAUAAAAUGACGGAAUUAACCAGUCCCGAAAAACCAUAUAUUCCGGAAGAAGAACUAAAGAGAAAGCAUGAGGAGUAUCUAGAGAAAACAAUUUCGUCUUUUAAAGACAAACCAAUAAUAGGCAAAGCAUAUUAUUUUAUGAAAUAUUGCUACAAAAUUAAAAGCUAUUGCUCGUCGAGAUUUCAACAAUUCCGCAAGCUCAACGAAGCUAAAUUGGCUCUUGCCGAAGUCAAUUAUUUAAGCCAUAUGAAUAAAUGCAUUAGAGAUUUUGAGAAUUUUAUGGAUGAAUUGCUUAUAGGGAAUGCAUAUACACCUUCAAAUGAGUUUAACAGCAAUAUGGAGGCUGUAAAAGUGGAUAUACUACAACAGUUUGAUUCGUGUCUAUCGAACAGUACAGCGGCAAUUCAUAAACAGAUUCGUGAGCAGCUUCAAGAGGCUAUUGAAAAACAAUUCAUCAAAUACAAGCAACAAAAUGAUAUAAAACUGGAUUUGAUCAAAGCCAAUAUUACUGUGGAGUGUGCCGAAGCGAAGAAGUUAUACAAAGAACUCAUGAACAAUACGGAACAAUCCAUAGAAGCCUUGAAUACAACACAUGCAGAAGCAAAGCAUGAGGCUUUGGAAAUGUUUCGUAGAGCAUCGCAAGUUGGCGAGGAAAGUUUCUUUAACGAAUGUGAAAAGCAACUAAUUACUUAUAUUGAAAAAACCUUUAAUUCUUACAAGGAGGGGAGCGCAAAAAAAGAGGAAUUAUUACAACUACAAUUGACACGGUUAAAAGUGAAUUAUGAAGGCUUAAUGAAGGAUGCUUGCAAAAGUGUUUUAACAAAUGAUAACCUCAUAUCUAAACACGAGGAGUUCAAAAUGAAGGCUCUUGAAGAGUUUGAAGCUUUACCAACUGAGGGGAAUUCGGAAGAUUAUAUGGACGAAAAGCGCCAACAACUGGUUGGUGAAAUUGAAGAACUUUACGAGUAUUAUAGAUCGCAAAAUAACAUGCGUUUGCUUCAGUUCAGGCAAGAAUGCAUAUGGAAAAAGAAAGAAACGAAAAAAGUUAUAUUGGAAUCUCUUGAGGAAAUUGGCCUGCUUGCUUCAGUUGAUGACACUCGCAGUACUUACAAUUCAGCUUACAAAAAAGCAUGUGACUUGUAUAAAAAUCUUGAAGACGACGCACUGUUUAACAAAGAAAUUUAUGAAGAAUAUCUGGGAGAAUUGAGAGACGAAGCUCAAGCCGGAUACGAAUGGUACAAAAAAAGAGCGGAAUUUGUGGAAGGUGCAAAGGAUGUCGCAAAAGGUGUACUUUUAACGGUGGCUGUUGCGGGUUUUGUGCUUAUUUUCAAAGUUCCUCCUCCAUUCUAGAAUUGAAAAAUUAAAAAAAAAUAUAUAAAAUGUGAAAUAAAGAAUUUUUUUAAACUUUAUAUUAAGGACAAAAGUACGUACCCAACAA